AAAAAAAACAAUAUACAAACUGGGAUUAAACGAACGGGAUGGACUGUAAAGCUGUGGAGAAAUACCAGAGGUAUGUGAAAGAAGGCAAGGAUGAAGCCAGGAACGGAAACCUUAGUAGGUCACUCGAAUUAUUUAAUGCUGCCUACAUAAUUCAUCCCAGUGAAAAGCUAAAAAGCAGAAUCCAGAAACUGGAAGAAGCCAUUGCAGAAUUGGCACGUGAAGAAGAUGACGAUGAUGAGUUUGUUGACGUCAAUGGCAGUGGUUUAAUGCUCUUCAGAGAAUUGCAUGACAAGCUUUACGACCACCAAAAAGAAGGCAUAGCUUUUCUUUAUGGCUUACACAGAGAUGGAAGAAAAGGUGGAAUUUUAGCAGAUGAUAUGGGAUUGGGGAAAACCAUCCAAAUUAUUGCGUUUCUGUCUGGAAUGUUUGAUGCAGAGCUAGUCAAGCAUACACUGAUUGUCAUGCCUACAACACUAAUUGCAAACUGGACAAAGGAAUUUGCCAAGUGGACCCCUGGAAUGAGAAUUAAAGAGUUUCAUGGCACAAGCAAAGCUGAGCGGGUGAAGAACUUGGAGAAAGUCCAAAGAAGAGGCGGCGUGAUCAUAACAACUUACCAAAUGCUGAUCAACAAUUGGCAACUUCUGUCUAGCUUUAGUGAUAGGGAGUUCACAUGGGACUAUAUCAUUCUAGACGAAGCUCACAAAAUUAAAACUUCAUCAACCAAAACAGCAAAAAGCGCACAUGCUAUACCUGCAAGGAACCGCAUCCUUCUCACUGGUACUCCAGUGCAAAAUAAUCUGAGGGAGAUGUGGGCGCUCUUUGAUUUUGCAUGUCAGGGAACACUCCUUGGAACAGCAAAGACUUUUAAAAUGGAGUAUGAAAACCCCAUUACUCGAGCCAGAGAAAAAGAUGCCACAACAGGAGAAAAAGCCCUGGGUCUAAAGAUUUCGGAAAAUCUGAUGACAAUUAUAGAUCCAUACUUUCUAAGAAGGACAAAGCAAGACGUUCAGAAAACAAAGCUCCUAAAAGAAGCUAAAGUUAAUGAAUUGGAUUCAGAAGACAAAGAGAACAAAAAUCCCAGUACUGUAGUUGAGAUGCCUUCUUUGACUAGAAAGAAUGACUUAAUUAUUUGGACUUACCUUAGUUCAGUACAGGAAGAUAUCUACAACAAGUUCAUUUCUUUAGACCAAAUAAAAGAGAUACUAAUGACUAACCGUUCUCCAUUGGCAGAACUAACUGUGAUAAAGAAACUCUGUGACCACCCAAGACUUCUGUCUGCCAGAGCCUGUGGCCAGUUAGGCCUAGAAGAUGGAGAUCAUCAUAGUGGAGAUGGUUUUGACGAGAAUGAUACUGCUGCAGGCAAAAUUGAUCACCUGUCAGAUGAUACUUUGAUUAAUGAAUCGGGCAAGUUGACAUUCCUUGUGGGCCUAUUGGAAAGGCUUCGAGAUGAAGGCAAUCGUACUCUUGUCUUCUCUCAGUCGAGAAAAAUGCUUGACAUUAUCAGUCGCAUUUUAGUUAACAGGGGUUUCAAGCUGCUGCGCAUCGAUGGAACGAUAACCGAUUUGUCUGAACGUCAGAGACGUAUAACACUUUUUCAGAGCAGCAAAGAAUACUCUGUCUUUCUUCUUACAACUCAAGUUGGAGGGGUUGGAAUUACUCUCACAUCUGCAAAUAGGGUUGUGAUUUUUGAUCCAAGUUGGAAUCCUGCAACAGAUGCACAAGCUGUGGACAGAGCCUACAGAAUUGGACAAACAGAAAAUGUUGUGAUUUACAGACUGAUCACCUGUGGGACUGUGGAAGAAAAGAUAUACAGACGUCAAGUCUUCAAGGAUUCCUUGAUCAGACAGACGACUGGUGACAAAAAAAACCCAUUCAGAUACUUCAGCAAACAAGAGUUGAAAGAACUUUUCAAAUUGGAAGACACACGGUCAUCCUCCACACAGAUCCAGCUUCAAUCACUACAUGCAAUGCAGAGACGUACAGAUCCUGAGCUGGAUGAACAUAUUGCUUACCUGUAUUCUUUGGAAAUGUUUGGCCUCUCGGAUCAUGACCUAAUGUUUUCAUCUGAAGCAGCUAGUCAUGAAGAUCACCCAGAGGACACAGAGGCUCAGCAUUAUAUUGAGCAUAGAGUGUUGAAAGCUCAAGAGCUGAUGAAAGUAGAAUCUGAGCUACACCAGCAACUGAUGGAGAAUAUUAAAUCUGUCACUGAGCCAGCAUGGCUUCACAACCCAGAGCCUCCAAAGAGAUCACUUGAAACAAAAAGAGUUAAAACUGAGACUAACGUUCCCACACCUAAGUGGACCAAAGAUUCUGCUGUUCCGCCUCCUGCAGACCUGACGCAAGAAAGCAUUGAACAAAAUGAGGAUAUACACAAUGUAAGUAACAAAAUUAACAAUCUUGCUCUAGAUGAUAGUGAAGAAUCUGAGAAGAGUUCUAGCAAUGAGUCUUGUUUGACUGUGGGAAACAAGAGAGAGAGUGAAGCUUCAGAGCAUUGUGAAAAUAAAGUUCUCGAAGACCGAUUUCAUUCAGAAGAUUCCUCAAAAUCAAGUGCAAAAGUAUCUUCUCUUGCCUGUGGAGCAGAUAUAAAUUACAGUUCUGAAUGUGAAUUAGUACCUGAUGUUGCUGAGGAAGUGGUUAUUUUGCCAGGCCCUCAAAAUAAUUCUGUAAGAGAAGUCAAUUUUCAGAAUUUUGAGGUCUCCCCUGCACUUUCUGUGAUGGAGGGCGGAGAUAUCCAAAUAAUGUCGCCUUGUCCAAGUAAAUCAAACUUGGAACGCCCUGAAGCUGGUCUUCCUGAAUCCUUCUUGGGUGAAGACAAUGAUUUUGAAGAAGAUAUUGUCUCAGAAUCCAACUCUUUGUCUGUGUCACAUCCCCAGUGUGACUUCAAUCUUCAAUUGCAAGAUAGUGCAGAAGAAAUGUUUCAAAAUAACAGUAAUUCUGUGCAUACUGAACUUGAUUCAGACCUUCAGCAUUGUAUGGAAAGUAGUUCAAGUUCUCUUAAAGAGCGCCCUCCAAAUGAUGAUCCAAAAAUAGUAAGCAGCGCUGAUCAUUCUCCACGAAGAGGGUUAUUAUUUAUUUCUCAGAUUGAAGAGGGGAGUAUGGCUGAAGAGUCUUUCAUUCAUACUGCUAGAAAGAAAAAUAAAGCAAGAGUAAUUUCUGAUAGUGAAGAUGAGGAUGAAAGCAACAACUCUUCAGCAGGAAAGCACAACCAUGUUGAAGGGUUCUCUUCCAUUGGUAGCCCUUUGCAUCAGUCCUUUUUGGGUGUUGAUGCUUCAACUCCCAAGCAGAACAACUCUGUAUUGCACUCCUCAGCUUCCCUGACCCCUCACAGAAAGAGCAUAGGUGGUAAUACAUCUGUUGCAUCGCGAAAAUAUUUUGUGAGUGCUGUUAUGGAAGACAUCGAAGAUAUGGAGGAGUCCAAUGAUAAUGAGUCAGAGGAAGACAGUAGUAUGGCAGAGGAGGUAGAAGCAAAUGGUGAAGAGUCUGUGCUUUCAGAAGGGGAACCAACAGGAGAGACUUUAAACACGGAGGAAGGAACAGAAGAGGAGCCUACAGGAGAAUCUUUGAACACCGAGGAGGAAGAGAUGGACGGAGAGGAGAAAGAAACGGAAGAGGAACCUACAGGAGAAUCUUUGAACACCGAGGAAGGACAGGAGGAGGAGUAUGAUGACACAAGUGGUUUUGAGAUAGAAGAGGGUGAGGAAAGUACCCAGGAUGAAUCCACUGGUGAUAUUGAGCUAAGAUCAGAUGAACGUAUGGACUGUUGCACAAUUGAGAAGGACCCACCUAGAAAUCGUGACACAACCAAUACGCCUCCAUCAGCAGAAGGCAAAUAUGAAUACUUGGUGAAAUGUGGGGAAGCACUGUAUGGAGAAGGAAACUUAAAAGAAGCUUUGGAUGUUUUCUUGCAGGCCCUUGACAUUAAAAGUGGAGAUCCUGAAAUUCAGUUAAUGACAAUAAGACUGUAUCGUCAACUUAGUAAAAGCUAAGGGGAAAGCAAGUUAUCACAAGUUAUUCAUUUUUGGUUAAAAAAGCAAGCAGUUUUACAUUAUAAAGGUCUAGUUUAUUGUUUUGAAGCAAUUUGAUUUGUUUCAUUUAGUGGUAUUAAUUGUAGGAAUAAAAUAUUGUGAAAGUGCAAUUUGCCUUUAGUAAGCUUUUUUUCCAAAAUUGCAAAUAGGACACUUACCCACCAUAAUCAACAUGGUCCCUUAUUUACGUAAUUGUAUGUUUAAAAAAAGUUAACUGACUCAUUUAGGUGAUGAUCAGUGCUGUAACAGAUUGAUUUUAUUAUAAGGUACUGCAUAUAACUGUCACAUGUGUUUUCCGACUGGCUGUAUUUGUUACAUCAGCACUAUAUUGCUUAUUAUUAACUCUGAUGUAUCAGUUCCUGGGUUAAAAACAAACUAUUGAACUGUGUAAGUAACCUACUGAUACAUUUGUUUGGAGUUGAAAGAGAUAACCUUGCAGGCAUUCACACUCUUUCUGGGCAGCCAGGGUAGAAAAUUUAGCCCUGCCAGUAUGCAAUUUGGCCACAAGGUGGUGCAAGCACACUCUGGACAUUUCCAUUAAAAUGCAGCUAGGUUGUAAUAAACUACCCUGCAACACCUUUAACCUCUGAUAUCUGGGUUCCAGUCCAGCUUCAAUCACAAGCGAAAUUCAUUUUUAUGGUCUACGACCUAGACAAAAAAAAAGUUUUACUUCUGGGAAUGUUUGCUAAUGUGAAAGCUUAUGAUCUGGUUUGUUUUGCUUGAACUGGAAAAUCGAGUGGUGGUGUGGCCAUUUAAACUGAGGUUCAUGGUAAUAGGAGAUCAAGCUGUGAUUAGUUCCUCAGGCCUUGGGGUCCUUUACAUUUUAAAUUUACAAAUACCAAUUUUAAAAAGCUUGGUGUCUGAUGUGUAUCGCCCUCCAAAGAACCCUGUUACCAAACUUCAUGAAUUUCCCAGGUUCACUGGACUCCUCUGGACCGGAUUCCUACAGUUGAUGAUAUGUGGUCGUUUCUUAUUUGUGACAACUAUGCUCCUCUAAAAUCUGUAAGAAUGGAGGGCUCAUCUCUCCCCUGGUAUAAUUGAUAUUUCAGCGCUAAACUGAGGUUGUGCAUGGGAUAAAGCUGUCAUUCUCAUGUUCAUCUGACUGGAUUGAAUAUAAAAAA